AUGCCUCUCCCUGUGCCCGAUGAGGAUGCCGCGACGCUUCCAUCCCAAGAGCAAUCAUCUCCCAUCUGGAAACGUUUGAGCACCCGUCUAAGUGGUAUCUUUAGCGGUGCAGACCCUCGAGUCUGUGUUGCUUUCUGGCUCUUCGGCCUUAUCAACAAUGUCCUAUAUGUGAUCAUCCUCUCCGCAGCUGUAGAUUUAGUCGGACCCGAUGUACCCAAAGGCGUCGUUCUCCUUGCAGACGUGAUACCGUCAUUUGCGACCAAACUCGUCGCCCCAUACUUCAUCCACCUGGUUCCAUAUUCGAUGCGCAUCCUCGUCUUCGCCUUCCUGUCAACUGUGGGCAUGCUGGUCGUGGCUAUGAGCCCAGGCUAUACCGAUGGGGGAACGAUAUCGUCCAAGAUUGCUGGAAUCAUCCUGGCUAGCCUUUCUUGCGGUGCUGGGGAGCUGAGCUUUGUGGGUCUCACGCACUUUUAUGGCCCGUUCAGCCUGGCGGCGUGGGGAAGUGGUACUGGCGCCGCUGGGCUGAUCGGAGCUGGCGCUUAUGCCGUUGCAACUUCGGCGCUGGGUUUCUCCGUUCAUGUCACGUUGUUGGUUUCGGCCUGCUUACCAGCCAUCAUGGGUUUGAGCUUCUUUGUCGUGCUACCCAGGUCCCCCCUAAGAUCUGCUGAAUCCGACGCUGAUAGUUAUCGCGCCGUUGAGGGCGGGGGCCCGGUGGAGGAAGAUGAAGUGGACGAUGGCGCUGGUGGAGAAGACGAGGGGCUCUUGGGAGUGUCGCACAAUUCCCCCGCCCACAAGUCCAUCCAUGUCAAUCAAGGUGGUUCCUGGAAGGAUCAGACACGCAUGAAUCUACGUCGUAUCAAGGGAUUGUUCAUUCCCUUCAUGGUCCCGAUGCUACUGGUAUACAUCGCUGAGUACGUGAUCAACCAAGGUGUGGCUCCAACUCUGCUAUUUCCUCUACGUGAAUCGCCCUUCGACCACUUCCGCUCGUUCUACCCCACCUAUAAUGCCAUAUACCAAGUUGGCGUCUUCAUAUCCCGCUCCUCGACCCCAUUCUUCCGCAUCCACAAUCUGUACCUGCCAUCAUUCCUGCAAGUGGUCAACCUUGUGUUGCUGACCCUCCAUGCUAUGUUUAAUUUUAUCCCCACUGUAUGGCUUGUGUUUAUCAUUGUCUUCUGGGAGGGCCUUCUCGGUGGUGUGGUAUAUGUCAAUACCUUUGCUGAGAUUGCCGAACGUGUUCCUAAGGAGGACCGUGAAUUCUCAUUGGGAGCUACCACUGUCAGCGACUCGGGCGGUAUCUGCAUUGCGGGCUUUCUCAGUAUGGGAUGGGAGGUCUGGUUGUGCAGCUGGCAGGUUAGCCACGGGCACCAUGUUUUGGGGAGACCUUCGACCCGCUUCCGCAAGAUCCAAGUAUUUGCAGUGGUUUCCUUCUGGUCGGUUUACUUAUUAAGAGCAGAUAGACAUGGCCCGCCGUUUAUUCGAUCGCUCUCAGCCCGCCUCACAGGAAAGUUGACUGCAUGGCAGACAACAGUGAUCAUAUUCCUCUGGCUCUACCUCAGCCGGAACUUCGCCAAGAUCGUCGGGCUGGAAUGUCCUGAACCAUUGGCAAACAUGUACUCGCGGUCCUUCUUCCGAGCAACAUGGAUAACCACUGGCUUGGAUGCUGGAUUUUGGACGGCGAUGAACAUCAAGCCAAAAUGGCUCCGAGAUAUAUCCUCACUAGUAUUCACAGCCUACUACCUAAUCGCUGCUGAACAGGCCGAUGAGAAGGUUCGCCGGGUCCGUGCUACCCUGACACUGGAGCACCUGCGCGUGUCUUGGAACAAACCAACCACCCCCUACCUGUGGUCAUUGGCAAAACUGCUACGGCCGCGAAUGACUCAGUUUCCGGCUCGGGCGAUUCGUAUUCCUCGCCCGGCGCAGUCUGUGUACACCGACCCGGUGAAUGUGUGGCUGUAUUUCGAUGGUCCGUUGAGUGCGCUCCGAGAUCAGAGUCUCAUUGUGCUGGAUGUACCUGGUGGUGGGUUUGUGGCUAUGAGUCCCAGAAACUCAGAGGACAAGCUAUUGUCUUGGGCAGGACGGCUCAAGGUUCCCGUCCUGAGUAUCGAUUAUAAGAAGGCACCGGAAUUCGCAUACCCGUAUGCGCUGCAUGAAUGCUACGAUGUUUACCAUAGCAUCAUUGCCACGAACGGUCGUUGUGUGGGUCUGAGUGGUAGGGCUCGUCCUAGGAUUUUUGUCACUGGUGAGAGUGCUGGUGGCAACCUGGCAGUGGGUAUGACCUUGAUGGUGUUGCAGUCUGCGAUGGCUCAGGGCUGGCGUGGAGAUGAUGUGCUUCCGGCCCCGGACGGAGUGGUUUUGGGAUACCCUGCGUUGAAUAUGAAGGUCGAGAGCUGGAUGAGCGAUGAGCAGAUGUCAUUGAUCCAGGAGAAGAGCACCCGUCAGACAAACCGCGGUGUUCUGCAAAGGAAACAGGAUGAAUAUCGUAAACUCACACCAUUCACAUCACCAGGUCGUUCGGUCGAGGAUCUAACUGCUAUCUCACCACCGGAGAAGACAAAGAAUAACAAAGAAGCCAAUGUGGCCACUGAAGCGGCCAGAGCACUGGAAAAGAAACUCCAAAAGAGCGAGGACCUAGCCCCGAAGCCUGCCGUUAAAGCAGAAGACGAAGUCAAACCAAUCAAGACCAGACUAGCCGUCUCGUCCAUGAUUACUUUUGUCCACGACCGCAUUCUCACACCUGAGAUGACACGUGCGAUGAUUAUUCUAUACAUUGGACCCCACCAUCGCCCUGACUUCAACACCGAUUUCCUCCUGUCUCCCGUCCUGGCUCCAGAUGCUUUACUUGCCCGCUUCCCGAAAACAUAUAUCAUGACCGGAGAGCGGGAUCCUCUGGUUGAUGACACGGUGAUAUUUGCAGGCAGACUGCGUCAAGCAAAGCUGCAUCACUUCCGUGAGCGCCAGGACCUAGGGUUGGAGAGGGCCAGCCGCCCCUUCAACGAGAGAAACUACGUCGAGAUCUCCCUGAUCCCCGGUAUUUCACACGGCUUCAUGCAGAUGGCUGGCUUCUUCCCCGACGCGUGGAAGUAUAUCCAUCGCAGUGCGGACUGGCUGGAAAGCCUGUUCCAAAAUAUCAAGACUGACAACUUCGAGGCGGAUUUACUUUAUCCUGACCAGGAUGUGAGUACUUUGAAUGCCAGUACUUCCCUCAAAUCAAACGCUCCAAAAAACGGACGUAACCACCGUCGCAAGUUCACUGGCGAGUCUUCAGGUGAUGACGACAGACCAUUAGAAAUGAGCAUGAGCAAGACCACGCUUGCUGGUGACGAGGAUGCAUUUGCAUCAAAGCCCGAACACCGCACUCGUCGGAGGAGAUCACGUUCCUCUUUCGCUUCCUCGCGGAUUACAGGCUUUACGUCGUUGGGAGAUGACCGCAACGCUAAGGAGGAUUUCAUCGCUAAGCUCCGAUGCUUGGAAAGAGCGGGUCGUUUUGACCCUUUCGAUCCGGACGAGACAAAUAGUGCACCUGAAAGUCCAAGUGUAGUUCGCCCGAGAAGACGGAGCAUCGCUUCUCUUGAUAGUGAAGAGGAUUUGCUGGAUCGUCGCAUGAAUGGGCUCGCUGGUGGGUUGAUGGGGAUCGGGGAAGGGGCACAGACUCCCGGGCUGUGA